GGUAUAACACCAGGACAACGGGACACAGCUAAAGAACUUUUCCAAAAAAUUUUGUAUUCUCGAACUGACAAUGAAUAUGAUGCAAUUUAUAAAGAAAUCAUGAAGUUACCACCACCAGUCGUUAAUUAUUAUAAUGAGAACUGGCAUAAAAUAAAGAAGGAGUGGACAUUGAACACAUAUUUUUUACAAAAUAGCUUCCUUAAUAGGACAAGUAAUCGUUUGGAAAGUCUAAAUCAAAAACUUAAGUCAGUGAUACACAAAGAUUCAUCGCUCACUGAUUUUAUAGAAAACUUUUUUACACUUUAUAAUGGGAUGACAGAAGAAAGAGAUCAUACUGCUGCAUAUCAAUAUUUUAAAGUUCCCUUAACAAGAUUUGAAAAAGAUACUCCACAGUUUCAUUAUAGUAAUUAUCUGACUCAGUACGCAUUUAAUUUUGUUCAAAAAGAAUUACAAGAAUAUACAAAAAUUGAUACCACUUCACCAAACCAAUCAACUAGAUCUCAUAUGGCUACAGAUAUUAGUUGCACAUGCAGCAUAUUUAUUUCAAUGAUGCUGCCUUGUCGGCAUAUAUUUUCUAUCAGAGAAGCUCAAUUCCUGCCUUUGUAUGAGGAAUCAUUGUGUAAUAAGAGGUGGACUAAGGAUCAUUUGAGAAAGCAUCAAAAAAUACUUACUAACUGUUCAGUUGUUGAUUCAGCCACAACUGAUUCAGUUGUAAUUACUGACUUAACCAAUAAUUCGAAAAUGAACAGAAAAUUAAACAAAUUUGAAAAAUAUAAAAAAUCCAUGUUAAUUAUGAGAGAUAUUUGCUCCUUAGUUGCCGAAAAAUCAGGAAACCAAUAUGAAAUUACAAUUAAAGCACUCUUAAAAUUGAAAGACUUUUUAUUAGAAGAUAAAUUAAUUGAUAUUGUAGACAUAGGACAAAAUACUGAGUUGACUCAGAAUUUAUUUAGUAACCCAGUGCAAGUCCCACCAUGGGAGAAUCUAGAAGAAUCGAAUGAACCUGAAAUAUUGCAAGUCCCACCAUGGGAGAAUCAAGAAGAAUCAGACGUACCUGAAAGUCACUCUGUAACAAUAUGUGAUAAUACUGAAGGUAAUAAUCCCAAUGCCAAUAAACUGAUUAUUGAAUGUGAUAUUGACAACGAAUGUGAUGACCACAAUUAUUAUACCAAUGAACUGUUUACCAAAUGUGCCGAUAUUGACAAGAAAUGUGAUGAAAAUAAAGAACAAUUAUAUUUAUUUAGUAACCUAGUGCAAGUCCCACCAUGGGAGAAUCAAGAAGAAUCAGACAUACCUGAAAGUCACUCUGUAACAAUAUGUGAUAAUACUGAAGGUAAUAAUCCCAAUGCAAAUAAACUGAUUAUUGAAUGUGAUAUUGACAACGAAUGUGAUGAACACAAUUAUUAUACCAAUGAACUGAUAACUAAAUGUGCUGAUAUUGAAAACAAAUGUGAUCAAAAUAAUAAAAAUACAGUGAAUAAAAUAAAUAAUAAUUGUGAUGAUGAGAUAUUAAACUGCAAAUUUACUGAUCAAGUAACAAUUUUGGAAAAUACUAUUAUACCUAAAGUUUACAAAAAACGUGGAAGGCCAAAGGGUUCUGAAAUGACAGUGGUUGGUUUGCCAAAAAAAAAGAAAUCGUCCUCUGGCAAACAGUCAUUUGCUAAGAGACCUUCAAGUGAAAAAAAAUUAUUGAUCCUUAAGUGGCUAAUUCCAAGAUACUACAUGGAAGUUUUUAAUAAAAAUCGAAGUAUUGAGGCUGAUGAUAUUAAUAUUGACAUUCCGCAUUCAAUAUUAGAUGAUAAUGUCAAUAUUAGCAUCAUUGAAGAAUUUUGUACACAUUCAUCCUGGUCAAAAAUAACUUCAACUUUAAAUGAAAAAUCGAAACUUCCAUGGUUUUGUGCAAGAUGCGCUAAGCAGUUAUCCCCUGCUUCAAUUAUUUGUGAAAAUUGUUUGAUGUGGUACCACACCGGCUGCGUAGGCUUAAAAAAAGUGCCGAAAAAAAAGAUAUGGUUUUGCAAAUUUUGCGAUUGA